AUGCCCACGCAAUCUAAGUUCGAACCUAUACGAACGGCUUGGCAUGAUCUAAAGCACGAUCUCAAAUCCACGCGAUGGCUGCGCGGCUUCGGUUGGACUCUGGGCGUCUUCUGGCUAUUUGGUCUCAUCGUCAGCGCAAUCAUGGUUGGUAUGAUGUCCGCGUUUAUUACGACUAAUUCUGCAUGCUUGCCGGAUAGUAGCUUUCGACUGAAGCCGGACACUUUCAGCAUGUGGUCCUCUACAGGCUUCUUCCAGAUCACACUUGGGGGCGGGGAUUUAAGUUUUGCGGAGGCCAAGCUCGUAGAUAUCGUAUGGGAUAUUGGCGUUGGACGCGGUGGCCAGGUGGUUUUGGCAUUUAUAUCUUGGCGCGAGUUUGCGCGGUACUUGACGAUUUUCUUCCGUACCAUCUUUAUCGAGAACGACGCCUCUGUUCUCUCAAUAUUCCGCACGAUUAAGAGCUUCAUUACGCAGCGUCGACUCAGGUCGAAAAUUGCCAUGGCAUUUAUGACUGCCACUAUGCUUUUUAUCCUCGCGUUCCUAACGCUGAUGAGCGCUAUAAGCGGCUAUAAUUCUAAUGUUUCCUCAAGAGUGCCGGACCUAAGCGAUAAUCUUGUUUCAUUUGGCAACUUUUCGCGAGUCCUUUAUUUUAUUCAGGAUGGGUCAAGAAUCAACAAGUCGGACAACUUGUGGGUCUUGGAUGAGACUUCACGAAUAGGAAGAGAUCCUGUGAUCGGUAACAGACCAGGUUUCAAGGGUGACCUAGCUUAUGGAGUCUCCCUCUACGUCGAAGCAUAUGGGCUUGGUGGUAGACGGAACGAGUCAUCCAUCUUUGACAAUUCCACCUUCUCGUAUCCGAAGGGCGAGAACUUCACACUUAAUCCACCCACACUCAAUAUCACUGCUUACACCCUUGAAGAUACCGCAAUGAAGGCUUAUAACAUGUCCGGUGCACAAGGUAUGACUUGGAUUAGAAAUGGCGAGCUCUUCAACCGCACAUACAUUGAAAACAAAGGGCAGUGCCAAAACACGGGCACUUAUAAAUGGGGCUUUUCCUUCCUCCAGCUGUUCUUCUGCAUCCUUCUCCUCCUUGCGUGGACAAUUGGGAUCUACAUAAUGUGGCUGUAUACGCACUAUACCCUCCUCUUGCGCUCGCGCCUCUCAGAAGAAGUCUCUGGCGCGCACCGCGCUGUGCUCGAGCUAGCCGCCGCCAUGCAAUCUGAGCUUGAUCUCGCAGAGCUUGAUGUCUCUUUGCUUCGCGAAAAACAGCUUGAAGAACGGAUCAAGAAGGAGAUUAGAGGCGGGACGGUCAGUUAUGCGUAUGCGGAAGAGAAGAGGGAGAUGUUCAGCAUUCGCAAGGGACUGAGGGAGUGGUGGCGAAAGGAUAAGUGGUGGUUUAUGGCCUUGUUUUGCAUGACGGUGCUUUGCUCGACGUUUUGGAUGGCAUGGAUCUGGUGGCUUUGGAUCUGGCUGUGGUCUUUUUGGUUUGGUCAGUUUUGGGCGUUUUGUAUUGGAACUACAGAGGGUAGUCGAUUGCUGAUUAUUCUAUUUUGGGGUGUAUUUGGGGCGAUUGUUGUUGCUGUUGCGAUUCCUGCAACCACAGCUGCAAGGUAG